CUUGUUGCUUUAUCAUCCACACUGCACAGAAUGAUUCCCAAGAGCCAAGAGACAAUGUGAAAAUGUAUACUGUGAGAAAAUAUUAAAACUCAAUUUCCCAAUUAAGUGUUACUAGCUCAGGCAGAGGAAAAUGGCCGCAUCUCUGAUAGGAGGGUCCCUAUUGGGGGUGGCGUUUGAUAAAUUAUACGUCGUCGUCGUGGAUUCUUGCCGGAAAGUGGCCGCGUUCAGAUCAGAAUUUGAGAGCUUAAAAUUAACCCUCACACAUAUUAAACCCAUUUUUAAAGACAUAGAGAAACUCAACAAGCUCACCGGCACCCGGGAAGUCGAAACAAAUGUGCUUAUCAAACAGCUCACCGAAGCCGAAGCGCUAAUCGAGGAGUGCGUGAAAAUCAAACGACACCAUCUUUGCAAGAAGUGGCGGUACUCAAAGAAGCUGGCGAAAUUGGAGAAAUCGCUGUCGAGAUUCUUUGCUAUUGAUGUCCAGAUACAGAGUUCGAGGGACAUCAAGAAAGCCCUGGUGAAGGUGAAUGGCAUAGAUGACAAAACGGACGAGAUUCUUGGGCAUCUCAGGAAUCUUACAAUCAAUCAAGGUAUUGGAAUUGGGGCAACUGCUAUUGGCACUCCCAAUGCGUUUCCUGGGUGGGCUGAUGUGCCGGCUGUCCCGGAUGGUUUAGUGGGAUUCGAUAGUCCCCUUCUGGAGCUGAAGAAGAUGGUGCUUAAGGAUGAAGCAGGUCAACCUGUGGUGGUGAUCUCCGCUCCUGGGGGCUGCGGCAAGACAAGUCUAGUAAAACUGCUCUGCCACGACAAAGAAAUUGAAGAUAAAUACAAGCACAUCUCCUUUGUCACGGUUUCAAGAACACCAAACCUCAGGAGCAUUAUUCACAAAAUUUUUAACAAGUUAAACAAUGGAUCGGUGCCUGACUUUCAAAGUAAUGAAGAUGCACUCAACCAACUGCAACUUCUACUACAGGAGCAUUUAGUGGGCGAUUCUAUUUUGCUGGUCCUGGAUGAUGUUUGGAAUGAAUCACUUUCAGUUCUUAAAAAAUUCAUCUUUCCCAUACAAAAUUACAAAGUUUUGGUUACAACAAGAUGCAUAUUCCCAGAGUUUAAAUAUACUUAUAAAUUGCAAUUGUUGUCUGAUAAUGAUGCAAUGGUUCUAUUUUGUAACUACGCCUUUGAAGGUGGGAAAUAUAACGGUCGAAGAGAUCUUGUGGAUAAGGUGGUCAAAAGCUGUGGUGGAUUCCCAUUGGCUCUUAAGGUUGUGGGAAGUUCUUUGCGCGGACAACAUUUAAGUGGAAUUCAGAGGCAGUCUAAGAGUCAAAUCCUCUUUACUUCAGAUAGCGAUCUGCUUGAUUGUCUCCAGCCCAGCAUCGAUGCCUUGGAUGAAAUAUUGAGAAACUGUUACAAAGAUCUGGGAUUAUUUCUUGAAGAUCAAAGAAUACCAGCAGCUGUUCUUUUGGACAUUUGGGUGGAACUUUACAACCUCGAUGAAGAUGGUUUUGAAACUUAUGAUAUCCUCCUAAAGCUUGCUGCUCGCAACCUGGUAGAUCUUGCCCUUAGAAGAAAAGAUGAUCCUGCCAGCAUUGGCUUCUCUAAUGCAGUGCACUAUGCGAGGCAACAUGAUGUGCUAAGAGAAUUGGCUAUGUACCAGAGUGCCAAUGAAACCAUAGAAAAUCGAAGGAGAUUAAAUAUUGGCAAUGAUUUCCCUCCAUGGCUGCUUACACAAACAGGGAUACUACUUCAAGUCCAAAUGUUAUCCAUCUCUACAGAUGAAGCAUUAUUCUCCAAUGUGUAUGACUUGCAACUUCCAAAUCUUGAAGUACUGUUGUUGAAUAUUCAAACAAGUUCUUAUACCUUACCAAUAUUUGUGGAGAAAGCAAGCCAUCUAAAGGUUCUUGUUGUCACGAAUAACGGUUUCUCCCCAACCAUGUUUAGUAACUCUUCUCUACUUGGCCAUUUGCCCAACUUAAAGAGAAUUAGGUUGGAACGUAUAUCCUUUUCCUCCAUCUGUCAAUCAACUUUCAUGUUGGGAAACUUGCAUAAGAUUUCGUUGGUCAUGUGUGAGGUUGGGGAUGCAUUUCAGGAUUGUAUAUUUCGGAUGCCAAACCUUCUGGAAAUUAAUAUCGAAUACUGUGAUGACUUAGAAAAGCUGCCAAUUGGUAUAUGUGAUCUUGUCCAUCUUAGGAAGCUUAGCAUCAGUUACUGCCAAAAACUAGUUGAAAUUCCUGAAGAAUUAGGAAACUUGGAGAACUUGGAAGUUCUGAUGCUUCACUCUUGUUCUAACCUGACAGGGUUACCGGAUUCAAUUGAAAGGCUCUGCAAACUAAGCUUCCUGGAUAUAUACGACUGUGUGGAUUUGGAUCCCAUUCCUGAAAAAAUUGGCGAAUUGCGUUCUUUAAAGACCAUCUUUAUGGGAGGUCGUGUAGGACUAUAUGACCUGCCUGAUACAGUACUGAACCUUGCACAAUUAAGAUCUGUCAUAUGCGAUGAGGAAACUGCUUUUUUAUGGGAAAAUUAUAGAGACUAUUUUAAGGAUCUAAGUAUUAGCAUUGUAAAGGAUGAUAUGAAUUUGAAUUGGCUCCAUAGAUCGUCAUGCCUCGGAAACUUGUAGUCAGUGCAAAGAUGAUGCCCAAUUGUUCCAAAGGCCAUUAAGAUUUUUGCAUUUCGGUGUAAAAGGACAGCCAUGCCGAUAUAAGUAAGUUCAGGCAUUUUCUUGAUGUAUUAUUAUGUGUGGUGACAUUCUUGCUAGCAUGUAGAAGAUGUGGAAAGGACAAUAUGUUAAUAUAUUGUAGCUGCCAUAGAUUGUAGGAUUUGGAUGUCAAAUAUGCAUCUUUUCACCUGUAAUUGUUGAAAGAAGACUGAUUGUAAUUGUAGCAUACAAGUUGUAGUUGAGAGAAUCUAGGACUUAGAACAGUAGUGUUAAUUUUGCUACUAAAUGACUGUUCUGUGUGGCAUAGGUUGAGAGAAUUAGAGCAAAUGAUGUAUAUAUUCUUGUAGAAGAAUCACUGUUUGAUCAAAGCAGCUGAACUCAAUAUGUAUCGUAUGAUUAAUUGAAAAGACAUGACAAUCAGCUGAUGAAUUGCAAGAAAUAUUCAAUUGUUAUACCCUUUCA